AUGUCCUCCAUUCAGAUGGCUGGUAAACUAAACCCAUAUAGAAAGCAAAUAAAGGAAAAAUUUCAACUCAUAUGGGAAAAGGAAACCUGUCUUCACGUCCCUGAGCAUUUCUACAAAGAAAGCAUGAAGCAUGAGUGUACAGUAUUGAAUAAGGCAUAUUCUGCUGCAGCUACACCAGUCACUGUGGUCGUGGAAGGUCCUGAUGGAAUCGGAAAAACAACCCUUUUAAGAAAAGUGAUGUUGGACUGGGCAGAGGGAAACUUAUGGAAGGACAGGUUCACAUUUGUAUUUUUCCUCACUGUCUAUGAAAUGAACAGUAUCACAGAGACCAGCUUACCGGAGCUCCUCUCUAGGGACUGGCCUGAGUCUUCAGAGAAGAUCGAAGACGUUUUUUCCCAGCCAGAGCGAAUUCUGUUGAUCAUGGAUGGCUUUGAGCAACUGAAGCUUGACCUGGACCAUACGGCUGACUUGUGUGACGACUGGAGGCAGCGGCAGCCACUGCCAAUUAUCCUGAGCAGUUUGUUGCAAAAAAAGAUGCUCCCGGAGUGCUCCCUGCUUCUUGCAUUGGGACAAGUGGGUAUGCGAAAGAACUAUUUUGUGUUGGAGCAUCCCAAACUCAUCAAGCUCUCAGGAUUCACUGAACCUGAAAGGAAGAUGUAUUUCUCCUGCUUCUUUGGUGAGAAGAAUAAAGCCUUGAAAGUCUUUAAUUUUGUGAGAGAGACUGGACCGCUGUUUAUCUUGUGCCAUAAUCCCUUUAUAUGCUGGUUGGUCUGUACUUGCAUGAAAUACAGGCUAGAGAUGGGGGAAGACCUUGAAAUAAACUCCCAAAACACCACCUCUUUACAUGCAUCCUUUAUAACAAACGUAUUCAAAGCAGGAAGUCAGAGUUCUCCACCCAAGUUGAACAGAGCCCGACUGAAAAACCUCAGUGCUUUGGCUGCAGAGGGACUGUGGACACAUACGUUUGUGUUUUGCCGUGAGGAUCUCCGGAGGAAUGGGUUGUCUGAGUCUGAGGGCUUGAUGUGGGUGGGUAUGAAGCUUCUCCAGAGGUCAGGUGACUGUUUUACCUUCGUCCACGUGUGUAUCCAAGAGUUCUGUGCCGCCAUGUUUUAUUUGCUCAAAGGACCCAAAGACUGUUCUAACCCGGCCAUUGGAAGCAUAACCCAGCUUGUGAGAGCAAGUGUGGCUCAGCCUCAAAACUUCUUGACCCAGAUGGGGGUAUUUGUGUUUGGAAUUUCCACAGAAGAAAUCGCCAGCAUCCUGGAGACAUCCUUUGGUUUUCCACUGUCAAAAGACCUCCAGCAGGAAAUAGCCCAGUGCCUUAAAAGUUUCAGUCAGUGUGAAGCUGACAGGGAAGCGAUAGGGUUCCAGGAAUUAUUCAGUUGUUUAUUUGAAACUCAGGAAAAAGAAUUUGUAACACAGGUGAUGAAUUUCUUUGAAGAAGUUUACAUUUAUAUUGCUAACAUAGAACACUUGGUCAUAGCUUCAUUCUGCGUGAAGCAUUGUCACAACUUAACUACACUUCGCCUGUGUAUGGAGAAUAUCUUUCCCGAUGACUCAGGAUGUGUUUCAGAACACAAUGAAAAGCUCAUGUACUGGCGGGAGCUUUGCUCAAUGUUCAGUAACAACAAGAACUUCCAGACGUUAGACAUGGAGAACACCAGCUUCGAUGAUGCCUCCCUGACCAUUCUUUGCAAAGCGCUGGCUCAGCCUGUUUGUAAACUCCAAAAACUCAUGCUUACUUUUAUGUCUAACUUUAGACAUGAUUCAGAAUUAUUUAGGGCUGUUCUUCACAACCCCCACCUGAAAAGUCUGAGCCUGUAUGGCACUGGCCUCUGUCGCACCGACGUCAAGUACCUGUGUGAGGCGCUGAGGCACCCGAUGUGCAAGAUCGAAGAGCUCAUACUGGGAAAGUGUGACCUCUCCUAUGAAGCUUGUGAAGACAUCGCCUCUGUUCUGGCCUGCAACAACAAGCUGAAACUUCUCUCCUUGGUGGAAAACCCCUUGAGGGAUGAAGGCAUGGUGUUUCUGUGUGAAGGCCUGAAGCACCCGAACUGUGCCCUCGAGACGCUGAUGUUGAUGUACUGCUGUCUCACCUGUGUCUCCUGUGAGGUCAUUUCCGAAGGGCUUGUGCGCAGUAAAUCCCUGUCCCUCCUCGAUCUGGGGUCCAAUCAUCUGGAAGACAGUGCGGUGGCCUUGCUGUGCGAAGCGCUGAAGCACCCAGACUGUAGCAUACGGGAGCUGUGGUUGAUGGCUUGUUUCCUUACUUCCGAUUCCUGUAAGGACAUUGCUGAUGUUCUCAUCUGCAAUGAAAAACUGAAGAUCCUGAAACUUGGGCAUAAUGAAAUAGGAGAUGCUGGUGUCAAACAGUUAUGUGAAGCUUUGAAGCAUCCUAACUGUAAAUUAGAGUGUCUUGGGCUGCAAACAUGUCGGAUCACCCAUGCCUGCUGUGAAGACCUAGCCGAGGCACUGGUAGCCAGCAAAACACUGAGGAGCCUGAACCUUGACUGGAUUACCUUGGACCCUGAGGGCGUGGUGUUGCUGUGUGGGGCUUUGAGCCACCCGGACUGCGUCCUGCAGAUGCUGGGGCUACAGAAAUCUGCCUUUGAUGAAGAAUCUCAGAAGAUGCUGAUGGCUCUGGAAGAAAAAUGUCCCCACCUGAGCAUUUCACAUGAACCUUGGAUUGAGGAGGAAUACAGGAUCAGGGGUGUGAUCCCCUAAUGGGGAACGCCCUGAAGUAGUCUUCUCACAAAGGCUUUCUUUGAUCAUAAUGGGCACUUCUCCUCCUGGCACCUCUAUCCUGUAACUGCAUGUCACGGCAGCAGGGCUGUGAUGUCAGGGCUACUCCCUGACAGUGUUCUAGCAAUAUGAUUAUGGAGUGUGAUUCAAUAGGUAUGUGUUGAUUGUCUUGGCCUAGGUCCUAUAUUCCCUUAUCUUUAGAAAUCCCAUCCUACUUUGUGACACUUAGAAAAACAAGUAUGUUAAACUAGUGCUAAAUGCUCUUGAAAGCAUGGCUUUAAUUUCUUAGAGGAUGUCCUGGUGUGUAGGACCAUGGAUUUGCAGGCACCACAAUCCUGAUACUUCUGACGUAGAAGUGAUGCUAGAAUGUGUCUAUAGAUUGUAUUGCAAGCACCCAAAUUUUCUAGUUUGUCCACAUUUAGAUUUGAUCAGUUUUCUUGUCCAAUUAAAAAGCAUUU